GGCACUAUACUGCAUCGGGUCAGCGGCUGGAUUCCCGCUUUCUGCUCAUCACCAGUUUGUGUUCGUCUCACUACAGUUUCUUCUCUUGUCUCUACCCUCUAAUUGUUCUUUAUUCAUGCUUCCCUCCAAGGCCUCCUUUCUGUUCAGCUACUGCAACAGUGGCUUUCCCUCAAAUUUGCACCAACUACUACGCUGAGUGAUCAUCUGCUUCGCUCAACCUCUGCUUUCCUCUUACUACCUCCUCACUUUGCGGCCAGCUAGUGUAGGCCUGAACUGGUCAUGGCUUACUCUCCUGCACCGGCAUCACCUGUGCCUGGCGGACCUGGUCCAAGUUUGGUAAAUAGCUUACACUCUAGAGGCCGAUCUGCAAGCCCACCGACCAGCGUGCCGAUCUCUAAACGAGACAAACGGCGCAGUGCGCUGCAAGAGCGCCUACAAGACCUCACGGCCUCCUUCAGCCAGAACCGGGAUACCCAGUUUCGUCAACAGCUCCAUGCCUUACAAUGCGAUAUGACCCUCAUCAAUAAUGCCGAUCCGUACUCGCCUGGUCCACUUCCAGACUCGGCGGAAGAGAUCGCGCAGUUAAUAGAGACUACUGUCGGCGGGGGAAAAUUCGCGAAAGAAAUGUCGAGUCUGGCUGGCAUGUGGUAUUCGCGCUUCGUGCAGGAGGUAAAUCACAUUAAAGCUGAGACUGAUGCAGAUUUGGCCAUGCUGGUGCAUCGUCAUAACAGUAACUUGGAACGGUUUCAAAAGGAAUACGCAUUUCGCGUUCAUUUUGCUGAGGAAGAAUACAGCCAUCUGUCCGCCACCCUGCGAGAGCGCCUUGUACAGACAAUUUCGGGCAAGAGAACUCGUUUGAUGCGCGAGAAGGAGCAGCUAGAUAUUGCAGAUACUAAUGCCCUGCUUCUGCACCCCAAUCAAUUCAGCAUCACCAAUCCUGCUAGCCCUGGCGGAAUUCACGGGAACCGCAAAACCCGACACACCCGCCACCGUGUCGAUCUGGACGAGCUAGGCAAUGGUAUUUUGGCGGAACACUUCAAUAAGAGAAAGAGGAAGGCUCCUGAGGAGGACGUUGGAUCUCCAGUCCGGGAAAGUGGCUACACCAAUCCGGCUGAACGUGCAAAGGCCCAGGUGGCGCAACAGCAGCAAGCCCCAUCCUAUUCCAUUCAAUCACUCUUCACAGAGAAGGAGCUAAGUGCUCAUGCUAACCAAGCCCAUGUUGCCACGGUUCACUUCUUUUCUACCUCCAAGCGUGCCGAUCAGCCGUCCGGUGCCGCAACGAACGGCAACAAUACCGAUGCGGAAGACGCGUCUGGGGCCGAUGGUACGGAAGACAAUGGCACUCCUGCAACCGAUAUGGCGCGGACUGCUAGCCAGAAUUUCCACGCUACCCGAUCUACCCGCGGGCAUGGUAGCCAUGCACUCAACCCACUCUCCGAGCUGUCGGAUAAACCGGCCGUUCGCCCUAACCUUCCCUACAAUAUCCUCGCCAAUUACCAUGCGCGACCCAGCAAUAAUGGCGCUCCUCCGCUGCCCCCCUUGAUGAACGAGGAAGUCGAUGAUGACUGGGCCAGAAUGGAUCGUCUCCACGCAAAACCAGCAGGAUACGUAGAUAAGGGAUUGGUCCAGCUGCUCGUGGAACCAGCCCCCGCCGAGAUAGACGGGGUUCCGCAGAACCCGCACCGAUUUAGCAUGUUGCAUCCUGACUUCCCGCCCGACAUGGGCAUACAUCUGCACCCGAUCGAAAACCAGAACCGGAUAGAUGCUCGGCCUUGCGACUCUUCCCUUAUUGGCGUUUAUAUGAUCAUGACUUAGAAAUUCACGGGUAGCGGGAGAAGCUAUAAUACCAUGAAGGGCGUUUGGAAAGGCCAUUGGAUGACUGGAGCGGGACGGAAAUUGCCCCUCAUUUUUCUUUUCUCGAUUGUGAAUUGGUAGGAGGAUCCCUUUCUUAUUUUCCUUCUCUCUUCACUUUCGUCAUUUUAAUUCCGGAGUCGAGUAUUACUGUUUGGGGCUAGUUUUGUUUUAUUAAGGGCUUUUGAGAUAGAUUUGACUUGUAUCUGGUUCAUGCCAGUCUUGACAAAUGUUGGAAAUAAAGGUAUGAGAUUUGCAGUAUGUACAUCAACAAGCUGUAAGAAUUCAGUUUGCUCAUAAUGCAAACCAUUGCGUUAUCAUUGACUGUCAUCACUUGAUUCUGAAGUAGUAUCACAUAAAUCUGUAUGUGAAAGAAUACACCUAAGUUCCCCUCUCAGUAUGCAAACUUCUAAAAACUACCUCCUAGCAAUACCCCAACGGCUACUUGACAUAACACAAUAUUUUCCUCUCAACCAUAACGCCAAAGGAAAAUACAUAACCAGAAAAGGAACUAGCCUGCACAAAAGUCACUACUAUUAAUUAUACCCCAACUGGAUCUACAUAUAUGAUUCAGUUACUUGAACUCUUAACAUAUCAAAACUCUCUCUCUCUCUUUCUCUCUCAAUUUCUAUUUCUGACCCCGGCCCAUAUUUUUGUUCGUUUGUUCCUUUCCUGUU